UACCAUUUUAUUCAAUUAACAAUUCCACAUAUGAAAUCCAUUACAUGUUUAUGGAAGGGUAUUCCCAAAUAUACUAUUUUUAUAAUUUAAUGUCACUUGAACCCACUUGUUUCAAGAUUUAGAGAUCUAAAUACAGGUUUAAAACAAUUUACACAAACGAAAUUACUCCAAAAAGCAACAUUCAUACAAAUACAGUGAUUUACAUAAUACAUGUACAUAUAUAUAAAUGAAUAAUGAUAUUACCAAUUGAUAAAUUAACACAAGCAGAUGUAUAGCAAUAAAGAGUUAUCAUUGAUUUAGAGGGAAACUACUGAAAUGUCUAUUUAUAGUUGAAUAUAAGUGGACUGUAAACACUUUUACAGUGUAUUUUAUAAAAUUAUUUUUUAAUAAAAAGAAGGUAAAUCGUAUUAGUGUUGCUUCAACCUUCAAAAUGCACCGACAAUGCAUUUUAAAAAGGUUACUCUUGUAGUUCUACAACAUUUCAACCGAGAGGACUACAACUCCCAGCAAGCCCUCCCCAUCAUAUGACAGCAGCGUGUUUUGUCACGUGACCUUGACACCGCUCACUCGAGUCCUCCGCUUCCUUUUCUUUGCAGCCGGGUUCCCCAACUGAAAAAAACAAACCGAUUUUCUCUUCUAACCGACAGGUCUCGCGCCAGUGAAACCGCGCGCUCCCGUGGGCUCGUGCCCGGUGCACUGUCCGACAGUUGUUUUUUCUUCUUCUUCGUUUUCUUUUUCUUCUUCUCGGGCUUUCCCCCCCGCAACUCUCACAUGUCCGACCGCCGUAGACUCGCAGCCCCAGCGGCUCCCCGGCGGCGGCAGCAGGCCUCUCGGUUCACCGUGUGAGCGAGCAUCCGUCCUCACGCCCUCGGAGGAGGGGAGCACGUGCCCGGUGCCCGGUGCUAGCCUCCCGCUCCUUUAAUGAGUCAAAGCUAGCUUACCGCACCGGGGGGGGGGGACGAGCCGUUGAACCCGGCUGUCAGAAUGAACGGCACUCAGCAGAGUGACACCAAGAGACAGCACCUGCUGGAGAGGCUGCUGGAUGCUGUCAAACAGUGCCAAAUCCGCUUUGGAGGAAGAAAGGAGAUCGCCACGGACUCCGACAGCCGGGUGAUCUGCCUGUGUGCCCAGUUCGAGGCGGUGCUGCAGCACGGCCUGAGGAAGAGCCGCGGUCUGGCUCUCACCGCCGCCGCCCUCAAGCAGGCGGCGGGCUUCAACUCCAAGAGCGAAGCAGAGGUCACGUUCUGGUUCUACGUGAAGGAGCAUCUGAACCGCCACGAGCUCCAGCGGUUCUACUCCCUGCACCACAUCACGUCGGAGCUGGGCCGCGGCCGCGCCUGGCUGCGCUGCGCCCUCAACGAGCACUCGCUGGAGCGCUACCUGCACACACUGCUGGCGGACCGCCUUCGCCUGGGAACAUACUAUGAAGACGGGGCGUUCGUUCUGGACGAAGAGAGGGCCAGCAUGCUCCCCACCAUGGCCGCAGGUCUGAACUCCAUCCUGUUCGCCAUCAACAUCGACAACACCGACCUGAACGGCGGGGCGACGCGGGGCGGGGCCUCCUCGGUGUCCCACCUCCUCAAGGAGUCCACGCUGGGCAUCGGCAGCCUGUGGAAGGAGUCGACUCAGGGGGUCAGCAGCCUGCUGCGGGAGAUCAGCACCGCCACGGCCGCGGUGCCCGGCUUCACCCCCAGAGUGGGCGGGGCCUCCGACCCGCUGCCCGUCCUGCCGCGCAGCAGCUCGGCCGACUCGGGGCUGAGGAAAGAGCGCCGGAGGAGAAAGAAAAUCACCAACAUCAUUUCCUUUGAUGACGAUCUGGACGGAGGCGCGGAGGAUGAUGAUGAGGAGGAGGGUGAGGAGGACGCCCAGAAGAUGGGCGCGAUGAGGAAGAGCCACACUGCUCCCGCUCAGAGCGGCGUGGAGGAAGGCGUCGGCCCGUUGGAGCCGGCCUUCUCCGAGUCGCCUGCCCAGAACGGCGUGGCUGAGCCGGGCAUCGUCAACUGGGUGGGGUCCCCCCAUCCCUCUCCGCCCACUACCCCUCCUCUUCUACCUGACACUACGAGUAUAGACAACGAGGAGGAAGAGGAGGAGGAGGAAGAGGAGGAGAUGUACAAACCCAGAGCACUAACCCAGGAGGAGGAGAGGAGAAGCAGUUCUGAUCAGGUGGUGGUCGGCAGCCUGUCCAGCGUGUCCACCUGGAGCUCCCCGCAGGUGAUGAUCGAACACCGGAGCGCCGACAUCCUCAUCCCUCUGAACCCCGCGGACUCUCAGCCAGUGAACUCUGUGGAGGACGCGGCCGCAUUUCCUGCCCGGUGCGACUCAACCGGACCGGUGGGAAACCGCGAGAGCAGCAGGUCCCCGCUGACGUUGAACGCGGAGUCCAGUCCACGGUCCGGCCCGCUCUCCAGUGUGCCGCCAACAUCUGGUCUGCCGGAGUCCAUGACCGAGGCGGAGCUGCGUCAGGCCAUCGUGGCCAUGAUGAACAGGAAGGACGAGCUGGAGGAACAAAACACGUCUCUGCGCAGCCUGCUGGACGGGGAGAUGGAGCACUCGGCCGGCCUGAGGCAGGACUCCGACUCGCUGAAGAGGAAGCUGGCCGAGCUGGAGGAGAGGCACUCGGCCAAGGUCCAGACCCUGGCCAGGGAGAAUGAGGUCCUGAAGGUCCAGUUGAAGAAGUAUGUGGGGGCGGUGCAGAUGCUGAAGAGAGAGGGGAGCCAGGAAAAUGAUGCCAUGUCUAUGUUGCGGCCGAGUGAAGACCGCGCUCCGGUGCCACAGAAUAAGUGCAUGGGCGACAUCGAGGAGCUGGCCGCCAGCUACGAACGCAAGCUCAUCGAGGUGGCCGAGAUGCACGGUGAGCUGAUUGAGUUUAAUGAGCGCCUGUACCGUUCCCUCAUGGCCAAGGACCACCUCAUUGUCCAGAUGAGACAGGAACUCAUUGACCUGAGAGGCCCGGUUGCGGGGGAUUUAAGCCAGUCAUCAGAUGACCCCAGCCUGUCGGACUUUGAGACGGCUCAUCGCGCUCUCAUCAACGUGUGGAUCCCCUCCGUGUUCCUGCAGGGCCGAGCUGCCAACGCCUACCACGUCUACCAGGUGUACAUCCGUAUCCUGGACAACGAGUGGAACGUGUACAGGCGUUACACCGAGUUCAGGGAGCUGCACACACACCUGAGGACCCAGUUCGCUCAGGUGGACACCUUCAACUUCCCGCCCAAGAAAGCCAUAUGGAACAAGGAUGCCAAGUUCGUGGAGGAGAGGAGGAAGCAGCUGCAGGGCUACCUCCGCACGGUGAUGAACAAACUGGUCCAGACGCUGCCAGAGUUCACCGCCCGGCCCACCAAAGAGACGCUGCUGUCUCUGCUGCCCUUCUGCCUAGACGCGCCGCAGGCCAACGACGGAGGAGCCAAGACGCCCCGCUCCAAAAGCUCCGCCCGCUUCCCCAGACUGGGCUGCGGCCGCAACCUGGACGCCCGACCCGAGCCCCAGAGCGGCGACCUUUAACCCCCCCGUCCCCCCCCCCCUCCCAGAGCCUUUGAACUCUUACUCUGAGGAGGACGGCGUUGCUGUGUCCUCGGUGUGAGGACAUCCAGGGAGUUAAGGACCGUCCCGAUGAAAGGCCUCAGUGCAGGUGUGGAGACGCUCCAGGUAAAGGACGCGUCAGCCAAUCACACGGCACCUCUGACCUCACUGAGAGACACACGGACUCUCUGCACACGGCACAGGAACUCGCCCGGACCCCCCCCUCCCCUCUCUCUCUCUCUGAUCCGAAACACAACGAGACGACGGAGACGUGGUUUUUCUUCUUUUUCUUCUUCUUCUCUCACUCCAUUGGGUAGAGGCGGGGCUUCGUGGUCACGGGGCCUGCCGUGAGGAUUUUAGUAUUAUCUUUAGGGGAAAUGAAUUUAGCUUCUCAGCUAAUGUGUCAACAUCUCGGUGCCAUUACAGGUUUAGAUGGUGGUGAUUCAGACAAUGGGUUUCCCUUUUCCUGCUUCUGUUGUAUUAUUAUUAUUAUUAUUAUUGUGGCUAAUGGAGAAACCGCAACAGACAAACAAACACAUAUCUUAAUGUCACCGGGGAGGCAGCGGCAUCUUUACAAACCCACACAGGUAUCAGAUGAAAGCCGUAGGGUGGAAGACACACACAUAUUUGGGACUGUACAAAGAAAGAUGAAUGUCUGGAGGGAUCGUGAAUCUUAUGUGUCACUUAUUAAAAAAAGACCAGAUCCACUGCUACGUUCUCUCCCUUCACAAUAAGAGCCCUCGACACAGGCAGAUCAGAUCCACUGCUACGAUCUCCCCUUUCACAAUAAGAGCCCUCGACACAGGCAGACCAGAUCCACUGCUACGAUCUCUCCUUUCACAAUAAGAGCCCUCGAAACAGAAAAAAGUAUUUCACAUUUUUGUGUUAUUUAUUUGUCAAACCCUUGGUGAGUAAAGGCCUCAUGAUUAACUAAAUAAGAUGCACAACUUUUAUUUAAAUCACCUCAAAUUGUUGUUUGACAUCUUGGUCCUCUUAGUCUGAUCUAGUUGACUAAACUGGAUCAGAUUACGCUCUAAAACGCUUGUGUGUGUGUGUGUGUGUGUGUGUUGUCCUGUUUACGUUCAGGACCCAAUUACCGACGCCAUCACUUUUUUGACCUCCCCGGAUAGUUUUCGGACGGUCCCUUUUUUGUUUUGCGGAAGUUCAUAAAUAAUCCGACUUGCAGCUUCAUCUCAAAGGUGUCACAUCAGACUCAUACACCUGCUGUCAUGAGGACCUGUGAGCAGAUAGGAAGGGGACCGCUGCUCUCCCAUUGCAACAGACAUGACUCGUAGGUUGGCCGGCUUUACCCAAACAUGUUUGAAUGUUUAAAGAUUGAUUAACUAUCGCGUCUCAGCUGGACUUAACGGAGACAUCCUGUCCGUGGUUCAUGUGGCGAGAUAAAGCACCCGCAUGGGGAAGAAGACGAGAUAUUAAUACGAGUAUGAAGAAAAAGCCUUUUUGAAGAAACGAUGCGUCUCCUCACUCUGCUGUCGCAUCCCAUCAAGAACAUGUGACUUUCUUUUUUUAUUAAAGACUAUUCUCUGCUGUGAUACAGUAACAUU